AUGUCGAGCUUCGCGGCCAUUCCGAUCACGACGCUGUCGAAGCCGGUCUCCAAGCCGAGGAUGCCGCUGCUGCAGUGCCAGCCGAGGCUCAGGCCGGCCAUCUCCUGCUCGGCGGUGCCGCCGGAGAAGGAGCAGGCGACGGCGGGGGCGACGGCAUCCUCCUCCCUGAAGGCGUUCUCCGCGGCGCUGGCGCUGUCCUCGAUCCUGAUCUCCUCCGCGCCGCUGCCGGCGGCGGCGGACAUCGCCGGCCUGACCCCCUGCAAGGAGUCCAAGGCCUUCGCCAAGAGGGAGAAGCAGGCGCUGAGGAAGCUGGAGGCGUCGCUGAAGAAGUACGAUCCCGACUCCGCCCCCGCGCUCGCCAUCAAGGCCACCAUGGAGAGGACCAAGCGCCGCUUUGACAACUACGGCAAGUUCGGUCUGCUCUGCGGCGCCGACGGCCUCCCGCACCUCAUCGUCAGCGGCGACCAACGCCACUGGGGCGAGUUCAUCACCCCCGGCCUUCUCUUCCUCUACAUCGCCGGCUGGAUCGGCUGGGUCGGCCGGAGCUACCUGAUCGCCAUCCGCGGAGAGAAGAAGCCCACGCAGAAGGAGAUCAUCAUCGACGUCCCGCUGGCCUCCAAGCUGGUCUUCAGGGGCUUCAGCUGGCCCGUCGCCGCCUACCGAGAGUUAAUCAACGGAGACCUAAUCGCCAAGGACGUCUGA